AUGGCAUUUCGAUUUUCCCAUAUUAAACCCUCCAACGCAUUGCUAGCAGUGACGAUGUUCUACCGCCUAGACUUCGAAUUCGCCUCGGACACCGUCAUGGAGUACCAGCGCAUCGUGGCACCUGGAGAAGGGCACCGAAACCGCGCCCAGAAUGUACAACCCGAGAUCUCCAGUGUUCUCGACAGGUGCAACAGUCUGAAGAACACAAUUGUCAGGCUCCAAUUCAUGUUUGGCGGGACUACAAGACACGGCACCGGAUUCUUUGUCAACCUCCCUUCUUCGACGCACGAUGUCAUACUGACGGCCGCGCACAACCUCAUCGAUGAGAAAAAGACUCGUGCUACCAAUAUGAUGGUGAUUUAUGGAGAUAAUGACAGAGAGCCCGCGACCGAGUUCAGAAUCUGUCCUACCUAUGAAAAGUACCUUGAAACCGACCCAAAGUCUGACGAAAGAGGAAUAUAUGACUACGGAGUCAUCCUACUGGCCAAGAAUCCCCUUCUGCAGUCCAAGAGGCAGGGCAUGGGGCUGAGUCUUGGAAUCUGUUAUGAUGAUACUCUGCGAGUCUCUAAAGAGGUACGAGUAAGUGGGUAUGAUGGAAAAGACGGUGAUAGCCCCAUCCAAAGCUCCGGUCCGCUGGUCAGAGCCGGCAAUCAGCUCGAAUAUUUGGCACCGACGGAACCUGGAAUGAGCGGAUCGGCCGUCUGGAUUCCGUACGGUGGCCACCCGAUGGUAGUAGGUAUUCACAACAUGGCGCCAAAGCAGGAGCUGAAGCUGGGUCCCAAACCUACGCCGAAGCCCGGAAGCAGGGGCGCCAGGAUCACGGAUGAGGUCUUCAGGAAUCUCUGCCUCUGGACAAGAGUAGGCUUCUUCAACAAGCGACUCUGCGUCAUGGGGACCAAGAGCAGACCUCAUAACACAUACCUCUGUUUUUCUCGGCAUUGUGAGUUUGCCAAGGUGUUUCUUGGUUCCUCGGACUCGGCAAUGGCUCAGGAUAACGUGGCCUUUGAUAUCCUGCCAGCCACCGUUCCACCCGUAUGGGCUCAGAAGUCCUCUCCGCUGUGGGCGUUCAAGUUCUGCAAACCUCCUGGUUGGGGUGGCAAAGGCAAGUGCUGGGUCGAGUGGCGGCCCUCGCGGCAACAAGCCGUCUUGGUGGACACGUUCAAAGAGAUGAACCUCGUCAGAUUCCAAGAAGCGACUCUCAAAGGUGGCAAGAAGCGGCUCUGUAUCGUUUUGCCGGAUGGUAUGGACGAGAGUCAGAAUCAAGAGCUGAGAUUGUACGAUGACAAUCGGGAAGAGGAAGAUAUUGAGGAUGGAAUGACCGAGUUUGCAGGAGUAUUGUUUGCUGACCAAGGAGACAAGAAUGCGCUGGGAAGUCGGUUUUUCUUGAUUGAAUAG